AUGGAGGUCUCAGGCAUCACAGAGUCCACCACACCCUUUUGUUACGAAAGCAGCGCUGUACUGUGUGAGAAUAAGACCUUUGUCUUUGUCUCUCUCACCACCACCAUCCUAUACUGCCUGGUGUUUCUCCUCAGUCUGGUGGGCAAUGGCCUGGUGUUAUGGGUCCUAGUGAAGUAUGAGAGCCUGGAGUCUCUCACCAAUGUCUUUAUUCUCAACCUGUGCCUCUCAGACCUGGUGUUCUCGUGCCUGUUACCUGUGUGGAUCUCGGCAUACCACUGGGGCUGGUUGAUGGGAGACUUCUUCUGCAAGCUCCUAAAUUUGAUCUUCUCCAUCAGCCUCUACAGUAGCAUCAUCAUCCUCACCAUCAUGACCAUCCACCGCUACCUGUCUGUAGUGAGCCCACUCUCCACCCUGCGCAUCCACUCCCUGCGCUUCCACGUGCUGGUGACCACGGCUGUAUGGGCAGCCAGCAUCCUGUCUUCCAUCCCUGAUGCCAUCUUCCACCAGGAGGUCUCUGGGCAAUGUGACUAUUCAGAAACCAGAUGGUUCAUAUUCUCAGUCUACCAGCACAAUGCCUACUUCCUGCUGUCCUUGGGGACUAUCUUGUUCUGCUAUGUGGAGAUUCUCAGAACCCUGUUCCGUUCACGAUCCAAACGGCGCCACAGGACAGUCAGGCUCAUCUUCACCAUUGUGGUGGCAUACUUCCUCAGCUGGGCUCCCUACAACCUGAUUUUGUUUCUGCAGGCAUUGUGGAAUCUUGGUAUCAACCAAAGCUGUGAGGUCAAGGAGCAGCUGGAGUAUGCCUUGCACAUCUGCCGCAAUGUCGCCUUCUCUCACUGCUGCUUCAACCCUGUACUUUAUGUUUUCGUAGGGGUCAAGUUCCGUAGGCACCUCAAAAGUCUACUUCGGCUAUGCAGGCAGCAGACAUCUCCCUCUCCCCCUACACCACAUUCUCCAGGAGGCUUCAACUAUGAUGGCGCCUCCUUCUACUGA